AUGUCGGAAAGAAAAUUUUGUUGUCUAUGUGUUAGUUUAUGUUCAUCAUAUAAAGAUUUGUUCAAUGAGCAGGGGGAGGCAACUGCUUACUAUGAAAUAACAUUCAAAUACUUUGAUCCAGUGUUGCUCAACGCUGAAGACGACAAAGAUUCCAAUGUAGUUUGUCUUAAAUGUUGGAAUACAAUAGACGACUUCUAUGAAUUUCAAAAGGUCAUACAAAAUGCCCAUCAAGAUUUACAGGAAAGUUUAAGGGAGAUUGCAAAGGAAGCUUUAAGCGUUGACGUUGAAAAUAGUUUGGAAACAUGUCAUUUGGAAAAUCUAAAUACUGAAGUGCAGAAUGGAGUAAGCAGCAACGAAAAUUCGGAUUAUUCUGAUUUUGAAAUAGAAUCUAGCAUUGAACUUGAUGAAGAUGACAAAUCACUGCAAUUAGACUUAUCAAGCGCAAAAGAGAAUAUUACAAAUAUAAGAAAGAAUAUUAAAACCCCAACCUCAAAAGACGUACAGCUAAAGGAACCUUUAAACACAGAUGAAAUUAUUGCCCAAUGGAAGCCAUCACUGGAAUGCGUAGUAUGCUCCAUUAAGACAACGACUUUCGGUUUACUUCGGACACACUUCCGAAUACACCACCCCGAUCAGAAAUGCUACAUUACCUGUUGCGAGCUUAAAUUUUCCAAACGAUGUGACAUUUAUGAACACAUACAACUUCAUCUUGAUCCCAAUACAUUUCAAUGUAACGUUUGUGGCAAGUGUAGCACGAAUAGACGCAACUUAGCCAAACAUAUGAAGGACUUACAUACGAAAGAGGGACAAAUUCGUCCAUUUGAAUGCGACAUCUGCCAAAGACGCUUCAAAAAUCAAACCAAGUUGCGUACACACAAGGAUAUACAUAAAACGGAAUAUCUGUUUGCAUGUAGUAAAUGUGGCAAAGGAUUUUCAACGGAACAACGUAGGAAAGUACAUGAAAAUCUGGUGCAUGAUGUCGAUAGGGUUUGUGAUCAAUGUGGUAAGGUCAUACACGGUAUAUAUGCCCUCAAAAAACAUCUAUUGGAACAUCAAGGUGUAGAGAAACCUAAAUGGCCGUGUGAUCAAUGUGAUGUGCAACUUUAUUCCCAUUCAAGUUUAAAGCGUCAUAAACAAAUAAAACAUCAUGAUGGCACCACUGUAUAUAAAUGCGCCGAUUGUGGUAAACGUUAUCCAUCUGAAAGUGCUUUAUAUAGUCAUAAGCGAUUAGUUCAUACACUUGAGCGUAAACAUAAAUGCAGCAUGUGUGAAAAAUCAUUUAAAUUUCCCAAAGGUUUAAGAGAACACAUGGCAUCGCAUAAAGGCAUUAAUCUAUAUCAAUGUCCACAUUGUCCAAAAACAUAUCGAAUGAGUUCCAAUCUACAUAAUCAUCGUAAAAAAGCACAUCCUGAAGAAUUUGAUAAAACUCGCAAGAAUAAGCCUGUUAAAAAUAAACUCAACCAAAAACAAAAAAUGUACGAAAAAACUUUGUGUCGCUUAUGUGUAUCCUCGCGAUCGGAAUACAAAAGCCUGUAUGACGACAAUGGUCAGGGCAAUGAAGUCUAUGAAAUUACACUAAAGUAUUUCGACCCAAUAUUGCUAAGCCCGGCUAAUGAACAGGAUUCAAAAGUUAUUUGCAUGGAAUGUUGGUGUCACAUCAGUGAAUUCUAUGAUUUCCAACAGUCUGUACUUCAGGCUCAAGCAAUACUGCAGGCACAGUUGGAGAACGAUGUUAAAGAGCAUUUACCAGAGGUCAAGUUAGAAGAGGAAUUGCUGCAGGAUCGAGAUGAAGCUGCACCGAUUGUCGAUAAUGGCAAUGACAGCCUUAAGGAUGAAAAAACCAACGUUGUCACAGAUGAAUUUGAAAACGAAUAUGAUGAUUGUGGCUUUGGAGAUGAUAAUCCAUUUUCAAGUGAUGAGGAUGAAAAACCACUUAUCGAACAUAUUAAUAGAAUCAACAAAAGAAAAAACAUGGCAAAUGAGUUAAACGAAGAAAAUACUGAGAUAUAUGACACAGAAAGUGUGGCUGGCAAAAGGCAAAGAAAACCUCGAGGCCCUAACAAAAAACAAAAGGACACAACGACGUCUACAACAACAAAUGGAACAAAGGCAAAACGGAAAGGAAGGCCAAGGAAGUUGCAACAUCUUGAUAAUCUAGAAGAAAAACCAGAACGCUUAGAUCCCGAUGCAUCCGCCAAUGAAAUGGAGGAUGAAACAUUUGAUGACGGUUCUAAUGGCGACAAAAAGUCGGUUAAAGACAAAACUAAGGAAUGUGAUGAGUUCAUUGCACAAUGGAAACAGGAAUUGGAAUGUGUAUGCUGUCCAGCAACGGUCUCAAAUUUCACAUUGCUACGCAAACAUUUUCGUCAAAUGCAUCCAACAGAAAAAUGCUAUGUUAUAUGUUGUCAGCGAAAAUUCUAUCAUCGUUUUCACAUUGUGGAACAUAUACGCCUGCAUAUUGAUCCGAAUGCCUUUAGAUGUGACGAAUGCGGUCGAUGUAGUACCAACAGUCGUAACUUGGCCAAACAUAAACGGGAAAUGCAUACGGAAGAGGGCAAACAGAGGCCAUUUGAAUGUGAUGUGUGUCAUAAAAAGUUCGCAAACAAAACCAUCCUGCGAACACACAUGGAAGUCCACGAAGCUGGUCGUGAUUAUGUUUGCAGCGAAUGUGGCAAAGGCUUUCCAUCGGAAAAUCGACGAAAAAUACACGAACGUAUGGUACAUCAAGCCGAUCGUGUUUGUGAUCAAUGCGGCAAGACCAUACAUGGCAUUUAUGCCCUCAAAUUGCAUUUGAUGGAACAUGCUGGCUAUAAGAAACCCAAAUGGCCCUGUGAUGAAUGCAACGCCCAACUCAAUUCCCAUUCAAGUCUGAAAAGACACAAGCUAAUCGCACAUCACGAUGGCAGUACGGUCUAUAUAUGUAGUGAAUGUGGAAAA